AUGGGCAAGGACGGGAGAUUAGUUGUCAUCUUCUUGUAUUUGUUGUGCUUGACACGGGCUCAGAUUUCCUUCGAUGUUCAGGAGGAGAAGCCAGCGCCAUUGUUAUUAGGCAACAUUGCCAGCAAAGCCAACAUCACCAAAACCGCCGGUAUGGAGUUCCAUUUGAUGACCAAGAACGAUCUCUUCGCCGUAGACGCCUCCACUGGAGACUUCAGCGCCAUUGUUGUUCUGGAUAGAGAAAGCCAGUGCGGUUCUUCCCCAAGUUGUAUCAUCACAACUUUAGUGGCUGUGUCCAGAUCGCCCGAUUCCCUCCUGAGGUAUACAGUUAAUGUGACAAUACAUGACGCCAACGACCAGAAACCGUACUUUAAAUUCACAAGUUUCCCGAAAAGUCUCAGCGAGUUUGUACCUUUACAUACCACGAUUAAGCUUCCUACAGCUGAAGAUAACGAUAUGGAACCGUCAUUUAAAGUGCAGAAAUAUUAUUUACUCCCAGAGUCUCAAACUGUGUUCGACUUGGUUGUCCAGCGAGUGAAUCAAUCUGACGGGUCUGUAGACUUUGAUGUGCAACUUCGACUUAAGCAGAAACUGGAUAGAGAGAAAGCGGAUUCAUAUACCUUAACCCUGGUUGCCUCUGAUCUGGGUAGUCCUAGUAAUGAAGGACGGUUACAGGUUGUGAUUACGGUAACUGACGAAAAUGACAACAGCCCGGUGUUCCAGAAACCUGAAUAUAAUAUAACUAUCAACGAGAGUACACCGAUUGACACAAGUGUACUGAAUGUUUUAGCCACCGAUGCAGAUAUUGGCGAGAACGGGCGAGUUGGAUACGAGAUCUCCAAUAAUAUUGACAGAAGAGUGACCAAGUACUUCGUGGCGGAUCGUGCUUCUGGUGCCGUCAAGGUGGCCAGUAGUUUGAAGAAGGAGGGAGAAACUGUGUUUAUAUUUAAAGUCAAAGCGUUUGACCAUGGGACUCCGAUGAUGUUCUCAGAAGUUAACGUGCGGAUUUCUGUAGAAGAUACAGUUAACGACCCACCAGGAAUCAGUGUUAGUCUUUUGAGGCCCAAAAACAACAGUGCUGUGGUGUCAGAGGAUGCCGUCGUAGGGACCACAGUAGCCAUUGUUGACGUUACUGAUACAGACGUGGGCUUGAAUGGACAGACUAACUGUACCUGCAUCAGUGAAUCCUUCAGCAUGAAAGAAUACAACAGUCCUGGGGCGUACACGAUUUCAGUUGCAGCUGGUCUGGACAGAGAAAAGAUAUCCACGCACGUUAUCACGAUACAGUGCAUGGAUAAGGGCACACCGCCACUGUCCAGCAUGGCCAAACUGUCGGUGAUAGUAGAGGACGUUAACGACCACCCACCUCAGUUUACAAGGAGAUCAUACGAAAUGAGGGUCCGAGAAAACCAGGAGUCUGGUGUCCUUGUAGGCAAUGUAUUCGCAACAGAUGCCGAUGAUGGGGUCAACGCCCAGCUGCGUUAUUCCUUAGACCCCAGCGUGGUUGAAUUUGAAAUCAACGAAUCAAAUGGCUUCGUCUACACUGCGGUGAAAAAUUUAGACAGGGAGAUGAAAGAUCGUUACAGCUUCAGUGUUUAUGCGUUUGACACUAGCUUUUCUCCUCAUACUGCUACGGCUACAGUCAUUGUUAACAUCGAGGAUGUGAACGACGAAUGGCCCAGAUUCGACAACUCAUCCUACAGAUUUUUGGUCUCUGAAAGUACCAUCACCAGCACGGUCAUUGGCAAGGUACAUGCAACAGAUCCCGAUUUGGGCCUAGGUGGUAGGGUGGAGUAUCUCUUUGUCCAUUCUCCACUUUACAUGGACCCGCCGUUUAUAUUGUCUAAAGACAACGGGGCGAUUACUUUGACACAAGCUUUGGACUAUGAAACCACAAGACAGUACAGUUUUGUGGUGACUGCCGUUGAUUUAGGGAACCCACCUAGAAACUCCUCAGUCGAGGUUCACAUUGAAGUAACCGAUGUAAACGACAAUGAUCCAGUCAUCGCUUUCCCCAAUCCUGACAAUCUGAGUGUGACUCUCAACCUGGACGUGACCCCGGGUCAGGAGAUUAUUAGGGUCAUUGCCCAUGAUUCCGACCACGGAGACAGCGGGCGCCUCACCUAUUCUCUUGGCGCCAUGAACACCUCGGUAGCAAAACUCUUCUGGAUCAACGAGGACACGGGGCUGCUGACUCUGGUAGCUCCUCUGACGCAGGCAGACGUGCGCAGCUACAACAUCGUGAUUAGCGUCAACGACAACGGUGUGCCUCAAAGAGCAACACAGGCUCUAUUACAUAUCGAAAUCGUCCAUGAUGCUAAAGAGUCACGAUCCAGAGAAUCUUACACCACAAUCGUCAUUAUAAUGGUCUGCGUGACACUUCUUGUUGCCGUCGUUGUGCUGGUUACUCUUUGCUUCAUUAAGUACAUCGAUAAAAGGAAGUUUGACUCCGAAAGAAGCAUCCACAAAUCAACAUUUGAGCCUAUGAACAAGUUGACUGACGACUACCUUCAUACAGGCGGCGGCGACGAUGAGAUGGAACACGGCAUGAUAAUUAGUCCCGUUCAUCAGAAGCAGAUCCCAUCCUUUCAGAACCAGCGGUUGGGAAGCAAUAGUAGAAACGGUAAAAAAUGUGUGACAUUCGACAGUGCUAUCAGAUCAUCGGAUACUUCCACGGUUUCCGGGUCCGUAAGUACGCAACCCGACUCCGGCUUUAGUAGCAUUGGUUCUGGCUUUCAUUCUGCACCCAACUCCGUCGCUCAAGUCCCGUAUGUCUCCACACUGGCCAGCACGUUCAAUCCAGGAUCAUUAGACCUAUACAAAACAAAUUGUAUUGCCAGAAGUGCACCCUCUCCAACAAUGUCCAGCAGUGCUACAAACGGACCGCCAGUUCCUUUAUUUUUCAAGACGACGAGAACUAACAGUGGCACCAGUCUCAUGGAGUGUGGUACUGGAGUCCACUCCAGUAGUCCAGAAUUUCAACAGAUAGGAGCCGAUGAAGUAGUGGGCACGGCCUUACAGAAUCAUAACGCCCUGGUCAGGUCAGUGAGAAGCAAGGACAGGAGGCCACCCUAUGCCAGUCGGCAGGUAAGCUUACUUGUUUCAUUGAUAGUUGAUACUUUGGUUUAG